AUCACAAAAUGGAUUAUGAGUUAGUUUUUAGAAGAAACUCCAAUCAAGCUCAAACUUAUGAAAUCUUGAGAAGAAGGGAAAUUCAAGCCACAAGAUACGCCGACGAAUCUAUUUUAAGAAAAUUAGGAUUGUUAGAAAGUGUGAAUUAUUUGCUUGACAAUUUAAAUCUUAGACACUUCUUAUCUCAACAUAAUCCCGUCUAUCCUAAAUUAACUCUCGAAUUCCUUAGCUCUUUAAUUGUUAAUCCCGUUCCCGAAACUAGGAGUUCUCUUGGCACUAUUUACUUUAGAAUGUUUAAUGUUGAGUAUGAAUUUUCUUUUAAUGAUAUGGCUGACCUUUUACGUUUCCCCCAUGGCAAUGGAGUUAAAUGUGAGGUCCGUGAUGAUGAACAAUGGAAAAAAACAUUUAGCUUAUUUUGGAGAGCUAUCGCCGAUCAACAAAUUGAUAGUCAUGAAGGGAACGCGGCCUCAUCUAUCCAUAAUCCGGCGUUACGUUAUUUUCGCCACCUUUUGGCAAACACUAUUUUUGGCCGUGCUAAUUUUAGCAAAGUCAACUCUAAAGAAUUGUUUUAUAUGUUUGCCGUCUUUAAAGAAUUAAGAAUUAACACCGCCCCCUUUUUCUUUUCACAUAUGCUUUCACAAGUUAAUUCGAGGCGAAAUGGUGUUAUAAUUUUUGGAGGCUUAAUCACGACCAUAGCUAAAGCCAUAGGACUAGGACCUCGAUUAGAAAAUUUAGACCAUACUCCACCCCGUUUUAUCAAUGAAGAUAUGAUGAAGAGUAUGAAUUUAGUGAGGCUAAGGGAAGAUGGUAGAUAUGAUUUAAUGAUUAACAACCGUGUUUUCUCUAAUAUCACCCUUCCUAACACAUGGCUUACGGAUGUACGUAAUGAAAGGAAUCUUCGCUAUACUAAUAAUUCUGUGCCUAAUAGAGCUCCCACGCACAUUUCUCCAAAUGUUGCCGCUGGUGGGGGCGCAAGCAUUGUUCCACCUGCACACACUACACAUUUUUCUAACACUUUUGCAGGUAGUUCCUCCUCAUCAAGACAAAGCUCCAUCGAUGAUGUACUCCAUGAGAUACGCGCCCAAAAUGCAUUAAAUCAAGAGCGCGAUGGAUUAUUCUAUGCCAUGCAUCAACAACAAGAGGAGAUGAUGGAACGAAUGACAUUCAUGCAAGCCCAGCAAGACGAAAUUCUUCAAAACCAACAUGAGAUGCAGGGCUAUUAUCAUAGGUUUUGUGCUCCAAAGCUACACUUGAGUCUCAACAGUGAGGACACAGUUGGAUUUAAGUUUAGGGGAGUAUUCUACCAUCCUUACUUUAUUUCUCAGUUAUUUUAUUUUUUAGUACAAUUUCCCUUUUCGCAAAUAAAAUAAUAGCACUAUUUUUGGGUAAAUUUUAAAUUUUUCCUUUCCUUGAAUCAAUAAAAAAAAUUUUCCAAAGACUUAGGACAAUAGCUCACUUAGAAAGUAUAUAGGUUAAGUAAAGACGAGAGGCUAAGUUAAGGAAAUUAGGGAAUUUCACAACAAAAUCGGUAUUUUUCCAACACCCAGAAGUCUCCCUAGUAUAGAUAUCAAUUUGAAUAACCAUUGUGCCAAAAUCUCCUGAUUUAAAUUUGUGGAAUCCUUUAGUAGUUUAUCUAUCCAGUCGGACACCAUCU